UGCCUAGAUCCUAGACCCCUAGAUCCUUCUUUUGGAGUAGAGACUCCUAGAUCCUUCUUUUGGAGUAGAGACCAGCUGCCUGGAGAGGGCAGAAAGGGGAGAACAGAAUAGUGAUAAAAGCCAACCAUGAGCAGCAUCCUGGGGAGACAGUGGCUCAGGACCCAGCUGUGGCCAAAACACCCCACCUCAGGACUACCUGCAGGAAAUGGGGUCCCCCAAAUCUUCAAAUGUACAGGUCCUCAGUGGUCAGUCAGGGCCUGGCACACAAGUCCAAAAAGUGUUGGCUUUGUUCAUUUUUGUGGCUCACAUUUCCUAAGGCACCUUACUGUGGCCUCCAAAUCUCUUAUUUGCCCCCUACUCCCAGAGGGUUGCGAUCUCCCACAGACCCUUGAAACUAUGCCUAGCAAUCCCGGCAUUGUGGUCCCUUGAAAUGCUGCCUUGAAAUCCCACCUUAUUGGCAGCCGGACGGCACAUACAGCCUCCUAGCUACUCAGGAGGCUGAGGCAGGAGGAUUGCUUGAGCCCUGGAGUUGGAAGCAGCCUGGGCAAUAGUGAGACCUAGUCUCAAAAAAAAGGGAAAAAGAAAACGAAAUGCUGCCUUAUCGCUUCAAGGACAGUACUAGAGGCUCCUAUUAACUUCCUCUCUGGGGACAGAACCCUGUCCCUGCACCUAAGUUCAGACGGAAGGUGUGUCAUCCCCCUUCACUCCCCACCCUCAAGGCUUCCAGGACUGACAGCAAAAGCAGCCGCUAUCCUGUCAGCAUUUCCUGUGGGUUCAUUUGCGUGCCAGCAGAGCAACUGGGUCCUGCCCUGUCCCUGUUGUAGACUCCCUAGCUGCUGGCCCCCAUCUGGGACCCCCAUCCUAGGUCCCUGGGGCCACGGACUCGCGCUACUCACCCCAGGCCUGGGGAAGGACGCAACCCCUGCACUUCUGCAAUCUUAACUGCUGGCUUCCGUCUCCUCCCUCGUCCCCUGUGGGACACCUCCUAAAGACACCUUCCUUUCUCAGCCUGGCCACCAUGACACCUUCCAGCCUGCUGCUGGGAGCCUGCCGGACUCUGGUCAUCUUCCAGCUAUUGGCCUGUUGUCUGCUGCCCCUAGGUGCCCAGAGCCAGAGCCAGGAGUUCUCCCUGCAGAUGGAGCCCCAGGACCCAGUGCUUCCUGCCGGCAGGUCUCUCUUAGUUAACUGCAGCACCAGCUGUCCUCAUCCUGAGCUCAUUACCCUGGAAACAUCCCUACCUAAGGAGGUCAUAGGUGAAGACCAGGGCUGGGCAGCCUUCCGCCUCAGCAAUGUGACUGGUGACAGCAAGAUCAUUUGCUCCGCGUUCUGUGAUGGCUUCCAGAUGACAAGCUCCUCUAACAUCACUGUGUACCGGUUCCCAGAGCUUGUGGAGUUGGACCUCCUUCCCCCCUGGCAGCCAGUGGGUGAGAACCUCACCCUGCAAUGCCAUGUGUGGGGCGGAGCACCCCGGGCCCAGCUCACCCUGGUGCUGCUCCGUGGGGAGGAGGAACUGAGCCGGCAACCUGCUGUGGGGGAGCCAGCAGAGGGCACUGCCACAGUGCUGGCGGGCAGAGGUGACUACGGUGCCAAGUUCACGUGCAGAGCUGAACUGGACCUGCGGCCCAGAGGGCUGGGACUGUUCCAGAACACUUCAGCCCCCAGGCAGCUCCGAACUUUUGUCCUUCCUAUGGCUCCCCCGCGCCUUGUGACUCCCCUGUCAUUGGAGGUGGGCACCUCGUGGCCAGUGGACUGCACCCUGGAUGGGCUGUUCCCAGUCUCUGAGGCCCAAGUACAACUGGCGCUGGGGGACCAGAUGCUGAAUCCUGCAGUCACGAUCCACGGAGACACGCUCAGGGCCACAGCUACAGUCAUAGCACGUGAAGACCAGGAGGGUGCACAGGAAAUUGUCUGCAACGUGACCCUGGGAGGCGAAAGUCGGGAAGCCCGGAAGAACUUAACUGUCUUCACCUUCCUAGGGCCCAUUCUGAACCUGAGCGAGACCAACGUCACCGAGGGGUCCAAAGUGAAUGUGAGUUGCACGGCUGGGCCCCGAGUCCAGGUCAUGCUGGACGGGGAUCUGGCCCGGGCUCCAGGGGAACCCGCCCAGCUUCAGGUAACUGCCACGGAGGGCGACGACGGGCGCUACUUCUUUUGCAAUGCCAUCCUGGAAGUGGACGGAAAGAUCUUACACAGGAACGUGACUGUCCAGCUGCGUGUCCUUUAUGGUCCCAAGAUUGACCCGGCCAAAUGUCCUCAGCGACUGGCGUGGAAAGAUAGGACUAGUCAUAUUUUGCAAUGCGAGGCCCGAGGCAACCCAGUCCCCCAGCUACAGUGUCUGCAUGAAGGCUCCAGACGUGAGGUGCCCAUUGGGACCCCAUUCCUUGUCAAGUUACAUCACAAUGGCACUUAUCACUGUCAGGCAGUCAGUCCAAGGGGCACGCACACCUUGCUUGUGGUGAUGCAUGUUCAGGAUCGGAACUCCUUCGUGGUCAGCAUCCUCAUAGGGGUGUUAGUGAUUCUAGGCGUGGUGACUGCCACAGUGGCCUUAAUAUGCAUCUUCGGGAAGCAGACACGGAGCGGCUUCUACCACGUGAACCAGCGAGACACCUCGUUGCCCCUCAGGCCUGUGCAGCCGAAUGAGGCAGUGGAAUUAGAGCAGUCCUGAGCUGCGGAAUGCCAGGAUACUGGGCCAAAGACUGCAGUGGCUUUGGCUGUAUUCUCAACUUCCUUAUCAAUAAAGGCUAUAAAUCCCGUAA